GUGGUUCAGCAUCAGUUCUGACUAACAGCUGCAUCUCUCUCUCUCUCUCUCUCUCUCUACACAUAACACAAACCUUAAAGCUUGAAACUUUUUACUAAGCAGAGGACCAUGGUGUCAAAAAAUCCGAACCCCUCUGAGGCUUUAAACUUGGACCCCUCCGGCAUGUCGCUCCCCGGAAUCCUCCCCUUCGCCGCCGCCGCCGCCGCCGCAGUUUCCUUUGAGGAUCCUGCUAAGAAGACUCGCAAGCCUUACACUAUCACCAAGUCUAGGGAGAGUUGGACCGAACCUGAGCACGACAAGUUCCUUGAAGCUCUUCAAUUAUUUGACCGUGACUGGAAAAAGAUUGAAGCAUUUGUUGGAUCAAAGACAGUUAUCCAGAUACGUAGCCAUGCUCAAAAAUACUUUCUAAAAGUUCAGAAGAGUGGGACAAGUGAACAUCUUCCUCCACCCAGACCAAAAAGAAAAGCUGUUCAUCCAUAUCCUCAGAAAGCUUCAAAAAAUGUUCCAGUACUGUCACAGGUAUCAGGAUCCUUUCAAUCUUCAUCAGCUUUGCUUGAACCUGGAUACAUAUUAAAGCAUGACUCUUCAGCAAUGCCUAAAACUUCUAUUAUUGACACUACAGUGUCUUCCUGGUCAAACAACUAUCUGCAGAAAACCACCAACGUAUUGCAUGGGCAAAAACAAAAAGUGAAUAAUUGUUGCAGUAGCAGUGAAAGUCCAAGAGCACAGUUGGUUGGUGAAUCUAAUGGUCGAGGGAAUAAUAGCCAUCCAUUGAGAGUUCUUCCGGAUUUUGCUGAAGUAUACAACUUCAUUGGCAGUGUAUUUGAUCCAAAUAUAACUGGACAUGUACAGAAACUAAAAAGGAUGGACCCUAUAGAUGUUGAGACGGUGCUAUUGUUGAUGAGAAACCUGUCUAUCAAUUUAGCAAGCCCAGAUUUUGAGGACCAUAGAAGGCUGCUCGCAUCAUAUGAGGUGGAACCUGAGGUCGAUAAAUACAUCAAUGCAGAUCGAACCAUGCUUGAUGUGCGGUUAAAGAGUGCUACUUAGGUGGGCAGAGGCAGAAAAUGGCUUUGUUUUCAGCUACUGAAUGCAGUCGGGAAAAUUUUUGCAAGGCAUGGCAACUGGCUGAAGUAAAAAUGAUGCUGCUCGUCAUCUUGGCUAAGCAACACUUUUAAUUCUCUUAAUUCAAUUUGGUUAUGUAUAUAGUAAAAGAAAUUAAUGUGGAAAUGUAUAGGGUACAUAGUUUUCAAUAGGUAUGCACAGUACUAGAUAUCUGUGCUAUAGAUUUAGCCAAAUGUCUAGUAUCUGGAAAGCGAGGCAGUUCACUAUUAAACACUUUCUAACAUUGUACAGCAUAAAAAUUUUGAGCGCUUUGUGUAAUAAGAGACUCAACCGAGAUUUGUUCAGCUCAUAUGCC